CCGGCUCCCAGGCCCCCAGCCGGCUCUCCAGCCCCAGGAUGCGCUGAGCCGCCGGGGGGCUGAGGCCGCGCCAACUACAUGCAUGUCCCCCGGGGGCAAGUUCGACUUUGACGACGGGGGCUGCUACGUGGGGGGCUGGGGCGGGCGGGCACAUGGCUACGGCGUGUGCACCGGGCCCGGCGCCCAGGGCGAGUACAGCGGCUGCUGGGCGCACGGCUUCGAGUCACUGGGCGUCUUCACGGGGCCCGGCGGACACAGCUACCAGGGCCACUGGCAGCAGGGCAAGCGCGAAGGGCUGGGCGUGGAGCGCAAGAGCCGCUGGACGUACCGCGGCGAGUGGCUGGGCGGGCUGAAGGGGCGCAGCGGCGUGUGGGAGAGCGUGUCCGGCCUGCGCUACGCCGGGCUCUGGAAGGACGGCUUUCAGGACGGCUACGGCACCGAGACCUACUCCGACGGAGGCACCUACCAGGGCCAGUGGCAGGCCGGGAAGCGCCACGGCUACGGCGUGCGCCAGAGUGUGCCCUACCACCAGGCGGCGCUGCUGCGCUCGCCCCGCCGCACCUCCCUGGACUCCGGCCACAGACCCCCGACGCCACCCCCGCCCCUGCCCCUGCCGGGCGACGAGGGAGGCAGCCCCGCCUCUGGCUCUCGGGGCGGCUUCGUGCUGGCCGCGGGGGACGCAGACGGCGCGUCCCGCAAGCGCACGCCCGCGGCCGGCGGGUUCUUCCGCCGCUCUCUGCUGCUCAGCGGGCUCCGGGCCGGCGGGCGCCGCAGCUCCUUGGGCAGCAAGCGGGGCUCCCUGCGCAGCGAAGUGAGCAGCGAGGUGGGCAGCACAGGACCCCCAGGCUCCGAGGCCAGCGGGCCCCCGGCCCCAGCGCCGCCCGCCCUCAUCGAGGGCUCGGCCACUGAAGUGUAUGCCGGCGAGUGGCGCGCCGACCGGCGCAGCGGCUACGGCGUGAGCCAGCGUUCCAACGGGCUGCGCUAUGAGGGCGAGUGGCUGGGCAACCGGCGGCACGGCUACGGGCGCACCACCCGCCCCGACGGCUCCCGCGAGGAGGGCAAGUACAAGCGCAACCGGCUGGUGCACGGCGGCCGCGUGCGCAGCCUCCUGCCGCUGGCGCUUCGGCGGGGCAAAGUCAAAGAGAAGGUGGACAGGGCUGUCGAGGGUGCCCGUCGAGCCGUGAGCGCAGCCCGCCAGCGCCAGGAGAUCGCUGCUGCCAGGGCAGCAGAUGCCCUUCUCAAGGCUGUGGCGGCCAGCAGCGUCGCGGAGAAGGCUGUGGAGGCAGCACGGAUGGCCAAACUGAUAGCCCAGGACCUGCAACCCAUGUUGGAGGCCCCAGGCCGCAGACCCAGGCAGGACUCAGAAGGUUCUGACACAGAGCCCUUGGAUGAGGACAGCCCUGGGGUGUACGAGAAUGGACUGACCCCCUCAGAGGGCUCCCCUGAACUGCCCAGCAGUCCUGCCUCCUCCCGCCAACCCUGGCGACCUCCUGCGUGCCGGAACCCACUGCCUCCUGGAGGGGACCGGGGUCCCUUCUCCAGCCCCAAAUCUUGGCCUGAGGAGUGGGGGGGGCCAGGUGAGCAGGCAGAAGAACUAGCUGGCUAUGAGGCCGAGGAUGAGGCCGGGAUGCAGGGGCCAGGGGCCAGAGAUGGUUCCCCACUCCUUGGAGGCUGCAGUGACAGUUCUGGAAGUCUUCGAGAGGAGGAGGGGGAAGAUGAAGAGCCUCUGCCCCCACUGAGGGGCCUAGGAGGCUCAGAGUCUGAGCCCCUGGCCACGCCAGUCCUGCGGGGCCUGUCCUCCAGGGGUCCUGAAGCCAGGUGUCUGACGGAAGAGCUUGAGGAGCCCGCUGCAACCGAGAGGCCUGCCCAGCCGGGAGCUGCCAACCCCCUGGUGGUGGGAGCCGUGGCCCUCCUGGACCUCAGCCUGGCGUUCCUGUUCUCCCAGCUCCUCACCUGAGGCUCCUUCUUGGCCUAGUUCUGGCUUUGGUUGCUGCCUCUUGGCUCCUUUGGCCUGCCUUUUUCCUCUUCCUCCUCCUGGUCGUUUUUCCUCCUUUCUUUCUCUUUUUCCUUGCCUUUUUUUGUCCCCUUUGUUUUGUCUCUUGCUUUUUCUUUACCCUCUCAGAUUCUCUCAUUUAUUCUAGACCUGUCUCUGUCUUCCUCACUCCCUCCUCGACCCCUCCCUUCUCUCUCUCUAGAUUGUUUACAUAUGAAGGGCUUUUCUUGCUCAGAGUUGCUCUCUUCUCUGAGACAUACAAAUCUAAGUCAGACCAUUGCCCCUCUGCCCUCCCGCCUUUUCUUUAGACCUGAACUUUGACGAGGGUGGGGGUUUGGUGUCCUGAGGAGUCUCCUGGAAGCGGAAUGGAAAGGAGGAAGAAAAUGGAGAAGGGGUGACAGAAUACUGGGCAAGGCACGGGCCAAGCUGCUGUGGCUUCUUGUCCCAGGGGGCCUAGUGUCCCUCGGAGGCCUAGUGGAAAACUGGAGGAGCUAGAGCCCCCUUCUCUGACCCUGGUGGACCCUGUGUCACUCCGAGCACUGAGCUAGACUCAUGUCUAACUAGGCCCUUCCUGAAGGGGAUAGGGGAAAGGGAAAAAACGACUCCCUACCAUCUCUUUCUUUCCUCAACAGCCAAUCCCUCAUCCAACCCACCGGGUGGCAUGCCAUGACAAGACAAUGUAUAAAGGAAAGAAAAGUCCAGUGCAGCCAAAUCCACCCACUGAUCUCUCCCACCCUUCUCUCUCCCCUAAAGUUUAUUUGGUUGGUCUGGACUCACUUGUGGCCUUUGAUUAAAUUUCUAAGGGGCCUGAAGAAGACAUUUCUACUGCAGAGGGAUAGAGGCACUUAGCAAGGACGCCACUCCCCAGCUCCGGCAGUUGUGGCCAAGGGGAGGCAGUUCUGGGGAGUGGAACUAGACACGAAAACAGGAACUCACAGGGCAGCAGGAGCUGGCGAGUUUAGCAAUCUCAAAGUGGGUUCUAUCCCUUCCCCCAUCGCAUCAGAACCUUGUGAGAUGGGAAAACCACAGAAGGAGGGGAUCAAAAGAAUCCAGGUGCUCACCCGCUUUCCAGGCAGGCCAGAGGUGAGAGCCCGACCCGGGUGGGUGAGAGGCGGGUGGUGAGCCCUGUUUGAGGUGUGGCUGAUCCCUGGUACUAGGAAGCCCUAGGAAGAGGGGACCAUAAGGUCCCUGGGGGAUCUUUCCUCCCUCCCCUGCAUGAGGCAGAGGCAAACUGCCUGCCAACCCCCUCCCUCAAGGAAUGGCCUUGCCUGGGAAUGCCCACCACACACACCCUCUUCUUUUUUUCUAGUCAAACUCUGUUUACUCCUUGGCCUGCCUUCCUCCUUCCUCCCCUCUCAACCUUUACUUCUGAUUUCUAUUUCAUGGAAUUUGGGAUUGAAGUUCAAUUACAACAGUGCCGACAACACCAAGUCUUGCAGGAAAAAAAAAUAUAAAGAAAUUUAACAAAAAAAAAUAUAUUAAUAAAAAAGUUCAAAAAAGGGGGGGGACUGUCAUCUCCUUUGGGAUGCGAUGGCUUCAAACCCCAGCUGCGGCUCUCCGGGCGACGAGAAGGACGAGGACCCUUCUUGGGCACCCCCAAGCCUGUUCCACAGUCUCUCCCGCCGGCCCUUCGCGGAGAAAAGCUCCUUCCCCAAAACGCCAAAGCCCGAGG